UAAAUGCUGAAACCCUUAUUUAGCCCAACGUGGCACCCGUUGCCUAGCAACGCAAUGUCAACCUCCUUUUCCAAAACACUAAACUUACAGUCUGGUUCCUCUGGUCGGCUGACAUGCUAAUUAUACAUCUUGAGCUUGUCUCUUAGUUCGGGGGAAAAUAGUUUCUCUGUAGGGGCCACAGAAUGGGAAAGAAAGUGAAAAAGGAGAGCGAAACUCCAUGCAAGGAAACGUUUGAGGCACUACCUGUUGAGGGCAAAACCCCAGCAACUGUAGUCCUGCUGCUGAACUCACCAGAGGAAGACAUCCUGAUCAAAGCCUGUGAAGCAAUCCACUUAUUUGCAGAGAAAGGAGAUGAGAACAAGGUUUCUCUGCUGGGACUUGGGGCAUUGGAGCCUCUCUGUCAGCUCAUAAGUCACAACAACAAACUGGUCAGACGCAAUGCCGUCAUGGCCCUGGGCAUCAUGGCUGUCAAUGGUGAUGUAAAGACUGCUCUGAAAAAAAUAGAUGUCAUUCCAUCAAUUAUAGACAAACUGUCACUUGAGGAAGAUACAGUUGUCCAUGAGUUUGCAACACUGUGCCUGGCCUCUCUGUCACUGGAUUUUGUCUGUAAGGUGCAGAUCUUUGACAACAUGGGCCUGCCACCUCUAAUCCAGCUCCUAUCCAGCCCAGACCCUGAUGUUAACAAGAACUCACUAGAGAUCAUCUUCAACCUAGUUCAGGACUUCAAAUGUCGCAUAGCAGUUCAUGAGUUGGGCGGGAUCCCUCCACUCUUGGAACUGUUGAAGUCCGACUUCCCUGUCAUUCAGCAUUUGGCUUUAGAGACACUGCAGAAUGUCACCACUGAUAAAGAUACACGCAACACCUUCAGGGAAGAGCAGGGAUUUGAGAAGCUCAUGGAUAUCCUUAAUAACACGGACUUAAGUGACCUUCAUGCCGAUGCCUUACAUGUAGUGGCUAACUGUUUGAGUGACAGUGAGAGUGUACAGCUGAUCCACAAGGGUGGAGGACUGACUAGGCUGAUGGAUUUUCUUCUCACCCCCAAUGUGCCUGAAAUCCAGGCCAACGCUGUUAAAUGCAUCGCCAGGGUUGCUCAGAACCCUGAGAAUCGUAGUCUACUCCAUGAGGAGAAUGUGGAGAAGGUUCUGGUGGAGCUUCUGUCUGUGGCGGACAUUGGUGUUAAAACAUUUACCUGUCAGGCUGUGGCUGCCAUGAGCCUCCACCUAGCCAGCAAAGAACGCUUCAGAGAUCCUGGGUACAUAAACAUUCACAUAAGUGGUAUCCCUGCAGUGGUACAGGGGCUGAGCAGUGACAGUUUGAAGCUGAGAGAGGCAGCAACCCAGGCCCUCUCUAACCUCACACACAAUAACCAUCUCUGUGCAUUUGCAGUGUACGAGGCAGGAGGUGAUGAGGUCCUUGUCCAGCAGCUCUAUGAAAGCUGUUCCAGGACAGUAGCCAACGCUGCUGCCACACUUGGCAACAUGGCAAGACAGGAAGUUAUCCGCUGCAGUAUCUUGACACAUGGAGCCAUAGAGGCUCUGGUGGAGCCUUUAAAGUCUACAGAUACACAGGUCUUGGUCAACAGCACACUGUGUCUGGCAAUGCUAGUAUGUGACACAGAAGCUAGGGCAGAGCUACAGAAUACUGGAGGUCUUCAACCUCUGGUCAAUUUGCUUCGAUCUUAUCAUAAGGAAGUGUUGCACAAUGCAUGCCUGGCAGUUAACAUCUGUGCCAGUGAUGAGCCUACUGCCGUGGAGAUGUGCAAAUUUGGAGCCAUGGAAAUGCUUCAGGAAAUCAACCAGUCAGUGAAUCGUAAGAGCAUUUCCAGUGAGUUGGCCAUGAUCAGCCUGCUUAACUCCAACUUGUCUGUUAAAUACAGCCUGACAGGUCAUUUGGCCUCCACUGACAUUAUUAAUGAUGGCUUCUACGAUGCCGGAAAGGCCCGUGCAGGUCAGAGGAUUCUGACUUUGGAGGAACUGUCUAAGCAGCCAGUCAACCAGCAUCGGCCCAUCAUUGUUGUCAACACAACAGAAGAAGAGACAGUGGAUGUGUCAGAGGAGAGGCAGAGCAGCAACCCAUCAGAAACAGACACCAGCAGCAAGGGAGACCGUAGGACACCAAGGAAAAAGAAAGACAGUGACAAACAGAAAGAUGAGAUCCAACCUGAGUCUCCUACUGAGAAACCGUGGAAGAUGAUGGAUGAUGUUUCAUUGCAGGUUCUGGUUAAAGAAGCCAAAGAAUCCAUCCUCCCACUGAAUGAUGAACGAGAGCAGUGUACUUCCUUGGCCAGGCUGGUGAGCAAAGCCAUGGGUGGAGCAGUGGAGAUGGAAAAGUUGCAUGAAUUCCCGUGGGUGCUGCACCUCAGCGAGCUCAAGUUUCAGCUUCAGUCUAAUGUUAUUCCCAUUGGGAUGAUCAGCAGGGGAAUCUACUGCCAUAGGGCACUUCUCUUCAAGUGUUUGGCAGACUGCAUUGGAAUGAGCAGCACGCUUGUCAGAGGCGAGUAUAACCGGGCUUGGAACGAGGUACUCCUCUUCAGUGAGGAUUCCACCAGCAAUGGGCGCGUUUCACCACCCCGUCGCUACAUAGUAGACCUUAUGCACCAGCCUGGAAGCCUACUGGAAGCCAAUACCCCUGCUGCUGAACAGUACCAGACAAUAUAAACCAAAACUAUAGUGUAGAAGCACUAUAAUACAUAAUGCUGUGACCAAACAUUUAUUUAUUGUAUGGGCAUUUGCUGGAGGAUGUUUAAACCAAACAAUAUAUUAUUAUUCAAACAAACCAAAAAUAAAAUGUAUGUCAAUGAAUGAGGCUUCUACAAUAAACACAUUGACUUAACCUUUGGUUCUUCCACUGUGUAUUGUCAAUAUUGUAACUCACCAGAGUCAGGCAGAGUUAGACUUAGCAGGUGGUCUUUACCUGCUGUUGCUGUUGACAAAUAUGUAUACAUUUUUUAUCCAUUCUUGGAUAAUUUAUUUUGCAGAUAUACUCCAGUUUAAGAUUUUUUAGCACCAAAUGUGUCUCAUUACAUCUUAUGCAUAAUUGAGACUUUACUGUUCACUGGAAUGUU